UAUUCUGUCUAUUCUGUCUAUUCUGUCUAUUCUGUCUAUUCUGUCUAUUCUGUCUAUUCUGUCUAUUCUGUCUAUUCUGUCUAUUCGGUCCAUUCGGUCUAUUCUGUCUAUUCUAGAUAUGUAUGUUAUAUAUCGAAGAAAGCAAACAAAAGCCAUCAAAAGAUACUCGUAUAUCCAAAAUACAUUGGAGCUACAAACUAUAACCAUGGAUAUUCCGGUUUCCGCCACAAAGGCCAAAUGUUGUGAUCUUCAUGAUACAUGAAAUCCUUCGAAUGCAUGAAACCAAGUGUGACCAACCACCAACCACCCACCAUCAACCAUCCAGUUAUCAAUGCCAUCGCUCCAAACACACGCCCGACAUAUGAAGAGAAUCAUCAUGCUCAAAUCGCAAUCCAAGACCUCCAAGACCUUUACACAAACAACAUCAUACAUCAAUCAUACUUCCUACAUCACAUCACCCAACAUCUUAUGCGAAUUCUCAAAUAAUCUCUACCAUCAACCCAACUUAUCCACUCACGGGAACUCUCCCAUGAUCAUCAAGUCUUAAAAACUCCCCUGCUGGAUUUCGGAUUAUCCCUGGUCCUGGUGGUCCCUUCUGAACCCUUUUCUUCUUACCCUUCACUGUCGGCCUCGCCUCCCUUCCGUCCCUUGUAAGAUUACUUGAGAUCUAUUAUCGUUCAUUCUUUUCGCAUCAUCUGUGUCCGGUGUUGGUGGUUCCAUCUUUUAAGAAUCAUUUGAAACACUUCUUCCCUCUCAAAAACACGAGGAGACAAGACGGCUGAACACUCGCUCAUCACACACACACACAGACAGAACAGACACACAGACACACACACACACACACAUCCAUGUCCCCUCGCCCCAUCUCAUCCCAUCCCCUCAUUCAUCAUCACUCAUAGGGAUAAUCCCAAUUUGAUCAACGCGCGCGCCAGUUUUAUACCAUUUUUAUACCAUUUUGGUAUUGUAGCUGAAGCUGGGAAUUGAUAUACAGUCAAUCACUUUGCCUUCCUCAUCAAACAAAUUGAUCCUUGGGAAUUUGGAUACUUCUCUCUUCUCUCUUCUCUCUUCCUCUCUCUACUCUUGUCUUGAAUUCCUCCCUUUGAUCUCUCCUCCUCCUUCAUUAUCAUGUUUACUAUUAUUAAAUAUUUUAAUUCAUCCGUAUCAUCAAUUCAUUCCCUUGGUUCAAUUGUUUUCUUCAUCGGGCAUUGAUAAUUGGUUAUCGCAUAUCGAUACACGAUCAUCAUAGCUACCCAAAAAGUCUAGAUCGCUCCGUAGAUAUGGCUACAAGAUACAAAAUACCAACAGUGGAAUCAAUCAUCGAAGAUCCCGAAGACGAAUCAAGGGACGAUGUAAGGGGUACGGAACGAGAAUUCCAGAGUAGCAUAACUCGUCGUCAACAUCGAUCAAUUCACGAUUCCACAAUGUCUUCUUCACCCACAAAAGCAAAUACGAGUAGGGAAAGAGAUAGAUCAAGAAAGAUGCAUAAAUCUACUUCCAGUGGCAACAGACAUUCUGCAUCAAAACCAAAACCCAAGCAUACAAAUGCGAAGCGCGCAAGUGGAUCAUCUUCAAAAGGAAAUGAAAUGGAGGGGCAACGUCUUCGCCAAAGGCCUGUACAACGGAACCGAGAUUCAAGUUCAUCAUCGUCGUCAUCGUCAAGCUCUUCGGAUGAAAAUGAGAAUAUCCCCAAUCACAAAUCGGUCCUUGCAGCUUCCAGAGCAAAAUUAACAUCACCAUCUAUGAUUUCCAAUUUAACAUCUUUAACUACAUCAACCAAUAAAUCUAGUAGCUCAAGUGGAAGUAACUCAACAGUAACUCAGGCUUCUAUCACGAAAGGUUUAUCCCUAGGAAAAGAAGCUGAGGCUAAAGAAGAGUCUCUAUCACCAGCUGUACCAUCUCCACCAAAUGUGUUUGCCUAUUUACAGCAGGACUCCGAUGAAGAAGAUGAAGAAGUUGGGGAGGUCAGGGAAGAUGAAGCAGAGGGGAAAAGGGUGGAGACACAAGACGAUACCUCUAAAUGGUUGAUUGACCAUGACGAUAAAAGCUUCACCCCAAUAUCACGUCCACAUACUCCCGAAGAACAUCCAAGUGGACCCUCAUCCGUAUCAAGUAGUCUUCACAGUGAUGAUUUCUCAGCACCAGAAGCCGAUAUCGACACAGAUAGGAGUACAUCACCAGAAAGAAGUGUUAACGGUCGAGAAAAUCUACGAGUCACCACGAAUUCCAAAGAUGCGUCAGUUAAAUUAGCGUCUCAAAUGGCAGCUGCCAAUCAACGACAAAAUUAUUACGGAGCAGCUCCAUCAUUUGGAACACCAAAAACUCAUCGUCGCACAGACAGUAACCCACUCUCUCCCGCUGAUCUUGAAACACCCCGCAAUCCACAUCCACCCAAGCAUACACUCCAAUCUCAGAUUGAUCCGACUAUGACAGGCUAUGAACUUCUUGCUUCUCGCUUAUCAGCAUCUUCCCAUUCUGGUUCCGGCUCGGAUACAGUAGUGGAAGAUCGCAUCAAGCCCAUGUAUCGAAAAUUCGAAGCGCUCAAUCAUCGUCUUCUCCUUCAUCUUCAAGAUGAAAUAAGCGAACUCGAGGAACAAUUGCAAAGAUUGGAUAAAGCCGAUACGGAAUCUAGAAGGUUGCGACAUACUGGCAAUGGAAAUUUCGGGGUGGAUGUAAUUCCGGCAUCGAGAAGAGCAAGUGAACAAAUGGGUGGUGAUUUACAGUGGCAUAAAAUGGAUAUUCUGGGGAGGAUCGGUUACAAAUUGGCUCAAUACAAUCAAACUCUAACCUCGUUCCACUCUCUUCAAUCACUUCCUCCCGCUACUCAACCGGAUAUUAGCCAUUAUCGCGAAUACCUUGAAACCGUCCGUCCCAUAACCGAAGUGGAAACUAGAUUCUUAGAUCCAAAAGUGGAGGAUGAUUUGGUUUCAGUUGCUUCUGGUUCUUCUGGUUUUAGAAGUCAGGGUCGUCAUCGAAAUGGAGAUCAAUUCAUUCGUCAUAAACGUUCAUUACCAUCAUCCAUGUCAGAUAGUAGUGAUGAUGACCGUCCAACUAAGAGAACACCCACUAGUAGCGCAGUCGAUUCACCUCUUCAUCCCCCACCUCAUCUAGCGCAUGAUCAUCUUGGAGUGGGAAAUACAAUUUCUCACGCAGAAGAUUUUCCCACUCUGGCAUGUGCAAUAGCUCUUAGUAUUUUAAUACCAAUCCUGACUUUUGCAACGAUCCCAACAUUCCUGGGCAGAAUGACGGUGGUUUGUUUGGUAGGAUCAGGUAUUGUAGGGGCACUGGUACAAAGUGGAUUUAUAGGUCUAAAUGAUGUUAUUGAAAGUAUCAAGGGUGUGAAAGGUUCGCAAAGAAGAGAGGGAUUGGUUUGCGUGGGGGUUUAUUUGGGGUGUAUGGGGGUGCUUGCGGGGGUUGUUGGGUAA